AUGGCAGCUGGAGACUCUGUUUUGGACAGUCUUGAGGAGUUGGAUGAUUUCUCAGACUCUGGCAGUGAUUAUGAGGCCACAAUAAAACCCACUAAGCGAAGGAAGCCGGUAGUUCCUGGACCUCAGCCACCCAAGAGACCCAGGCGUAAAGCUGCAUUGAGGGCGACAUCCAGCCCCAGCAGUAGCCUCAGCAGUAGCCCCAUCCCCACUCCUCUAAACCCCUCCCUGCAGCAGCAGCACUCCCAGGGGACAUCCAGGCAGGUCUCUCACAGACCUGUGAGUAGAGUGAAUGAGGGGAACCAGGGUAUCAGUGCAGAGGAUAUCUAUGAUGCAGUUCGCUCUGGAAAGAGUGCUAUGGUGGCAGUGGUGGACGAAUGGCUGGACAGCUACAAGCAAAACCGAGAGGUGGGGCUGCUGGUGCUCAUCAACUUCAUUGUUCGGGCCUGCGGAUGCAAAGGUGUGGUUAGUAGAGAGAUGUUUGACAGCAUGCAGAAUGCUGAGAUCAUCAGCACACUAACUAAGGAGUUCAGUGAGGAUUCAGUGAACUACCCUCUGUCCACUUCAGGCCCCCAACAGAAGCGUUUCAAAGCCGGCCUGUGCGAGUUUGCUCAGGUUCUGGUGCGCUCCUCUCAGAAUAGCCUCAUUUAUGAUGAAUACCUCUUCCCCUCCCUGCUGGCCCUGCUCACUGGCCUGUCUGACUCCCAGGUCCGAGCCUUCAGGCACACCAGCACCCUCUUUGCCAUGAAGCUGAUGACUGGGGUGGUGGAAGUAGCUGUGCUAGUGUCUGUUCAGCUGCAGACCACCCAGCGGCAACACAACACUGAGAGCAGCAAGAGGGCACAUGACAGAGCCUCUGACAGACUGGAGGAGCUGCAGGCCACCAUCAGUGAGCUGUGGGAGAAAAGAGAGGAGCUUUCCUCCAUGAUGAACGGUAGCUUCCGUGGUGUGUUUGUGCACCGUUACCGGGAUCGGCUGCCUGAGAUCCGGGUGGCAUGUAUUGAGGAGCUUGGCAAGUGGCUGAAAACGGACCCUGAAGACUUCCUGAAUGAUGGAUGUCUCAAAUACCUGGGCUGGACCUUGCACGAUAAGCAAAGUCCAGUGCGUAUGCAGUGUGUGCGUGCCCUGCAGGGUCUGUACCAGGAGAAGGAAUUCAUUGGCCGCCUGGAGCUUUUCACCAGCAGAUUUAAAGAGAGGAUGCUCAGCAUGGUGCUGGACAAGGACACAGACGUGGCAGUGGAAGUGGUCAAUCUGUUGCUGCUGAUCCAACAGAAGACAGAGGAAGGCCUGGGUGAAGAUGAGUGCGGCCACAUCUAUCCUCUGGUAUACGCGUCACACCGAGGCCUAGCAUCUGCAGCCGGCGUCUUCUUCUACAACAAGCUGAAAAGUAUGAUUGCCAGUGACAACCAGGAGAAUGAAAAAAGUGGCAAUGCAGCCUUCUUUCAAAUCCUCAUCUCCUUCUACAUCCAGAGUGAGUUUCAUGAGCACGGGGCGUACCUGGUGGACAGUCUGUGGGAUGUGGCAGGGUCCGAGCUGAGAGACUGGGAGACUAUGACGGCGCUCUUGCUACAGGAGGCUGGUCUGGUGUACGAGGAGGAGGGGGCUCUCAUAGACCUGAUGAUGUGUGCCAUCAGACAGGCAGCACAGGCAACCCCACCUGUUGGGAGAACUCAGGGCAAGAAGAUCUUGAGUAUGAAGGAUAAGAAGAUGCAGGAACAAGACAAGAGACGCAUCACUACUCACUUCAUCCCUUUACUGCCACAGCUACUGACCAAGUACUCAGCAGAUGCAGGGAAGGUGAGCCUCCUUCUCAAAGCUCCCCUCUACUUCGACCUGGAGAUGUACAGCAGCGCUCAGUGGCUGGAGAAGCAUCUGGACCUGCUGCUGUCCCGGGUAUGUGGCAUUGUGGAGAAGCACACCGAGGUCACUGUGUUGGAGGCUUGCUCCCACCUGGCCUGCACUCUGUGUUCUGACUCUUACACCUUCUCCUCCCGCGCACACCUGGUGUUCAGCCAGCUGUUGGACAGCCUGACCGAGUGCUUCAGCACAUAUUUAAGUGACGUGCUCCAGGGGAUUGCGGAUGAGAAUGACACAUACUGUGCAGCCACUGCCUUGAAAAGGAUUGCUGCUUUGAGCAGUGCUAAGGACCUGACAGGCUGGAAGCUGUUCGAUUCCUGUCUUGAACUGCUGAAGAGCAGGAUGGAGUCCAGAGAGCUCGACAAGGAGCUGAUGGUGUCAGCUCUGAAGUGUGCAGCCCUUCACCUGAUGUGGGCCAAAGUGAAUGCGGUUAACUCCAAACCAGACGAGGCUGAACUGAAGCGUCUGAAGAAGGAGGUGCGUUCGUUCUGCAGAGUCUGUCAGACGUGUCUGUCUCUGAACCAGACUGAGAUCAGAGAUCAGGCAUUUGAGCUGCUGUGUGACUUGCUUCUGUUGUACAGUCUGAGUUCAGUCCGCUCUGAUCCCACCCUCCAAGCUCUGGUCCACCUUCCCUCUGAUUCCCUGCGCUCUGAGUUGGCUGCUUUCCUCCUGGACUACAUCUUCACUGAGUCUGAAGAUGCUGAGCUGGAUGCUGAAGGUGAGGAAGAGACGAAGAUAACUCUUCUCCAGAGGAAGCGCAACCAGCUGGCUGGCUACUGUAAGCUGGUCAUCUACGGGGUGCUGGACCUCGCCGCCGCCACCGACGUGUUCAAGCACUACAGCAAGUACUUUAAAGACUUUGGUGACAUCAUUAAAGAGACUGUGAACAAGAGCAAGCUCAUCAGUCCUGUACAGAGCGCCAAGACGUUGUGCCUGAGCCUCCAGCAGCUGUUCUCGGAGAUGCUAACGGAGGACCACAGCAGGCAGGAUCUCAAUGAGAUUAGAGACUUGGCCAAGAGGCUCGCCAUGAGCUUUGGCGUCGAUCUUCAUCGUGUCCGCAAACCACUGGUGGCCCUGCACAUGGACGGUAUGCGUUUUGCGUUUCGGGACCCACAGGAAGGAGAGGAGCAGCUCCCAAAUGUGGCCUUCUUGGAGAUCCUCAGCGAGUUCAGUUUUAAGCUGCUGCUACAGGACAGUGCCCAGCUGGCUGCACUGCUGAAAUCAGAGUGUCCCAGUGCUGCCCUCUCCAGGCCGUCAGUCAGAAUGUAUCAGCGCUCUCUGGAGGCUCGCUCCUCCUCCAGACCCAGAGAGCGGGAGCAGGGAAGUGAUACUCCUGUGGCUAAACGCAAGAAGACCACCGCUCUCGUAUCCAGCACUGCCAGAGGAUCCUGGUUGGACAGCAGCAGUAUCCACAGCAGCCUUCACACCCCGGCCUAUACCUCCACUGUCCAGAGACAGCCAGCCAAGCAGAUGGCCUCCAGGAAACCCACAGCAACAGGGUCUGACAUUGGCAGCGGCUUAACUGAGCUGGAGUCCGAGGAUGAGUUCUCCUCAGGGCCCCAGUUGCGAAAGGUGAAGCCCAUCAAACGACGCCAGCUGCCCCCCAACCAGAGUGGCCCCAGUGUGGAUCAGCAAGACCUGAACUCCCACCUCACCUUGUUGUCUCUGAUUGAGGAUGACGAUGCAGAAAGAGAGGAAGCUGAGAUUGAGGAUUAUGAAAGUGACUCUGACAAUGAAUCUCCAUAUACAUUGCCCUCCACACGUCACACCUCAGCCAGCGUCCUUGAUGAGCUCUUUGACUGAGGGCACAAAGACCUGGAUUAUCCUGGGAACAACAGUUCUUUUUGAUUAAUACAUCUCUUCAACACUACUGUGUUUUCAGUAGUUUCAGUACAUUUGAGUGUACAGGAUAUUAGGGCCAUCUGUUCUUCUGCAUGACCCCAUUCUGAGCUCAGUUAUCAGAUCAACUUUAGGUCAUUCAUUUUGUUGGAGGGAAAUAGAGGCUAAAUAAUGAUUAUGAAGUCUGGAGAUAAAAGCUAAAAUAGUUAAUUGUUUGGUGUUUGUGUUUUGAAUACACAGAGAAACAGUUCUGAUAUUUAAGUUUCAGAAAUAUUUCAAAUUGUUAAAAAGAAAUGUUAUGUUGAGGUUAGAUCCCUGUUUGCUUGCAACAAGCUGAAAGCCUCACCUUGCUGCACAUUUUGAAUUCCGCUUUAUACCUUGUAUGGCUGUUGAUAGCACUUUUUUUUUGUUUUUGAAUCUUGUUAAUUUAAUGUUUAUUAAAAUUUGCUUAAUUGAG